CUCCCUCCCCCCCUCUCCUCCUCCUCCACUGCCUCCUAGAGCGAGCCGCCAACAUGGAGCCCGAGGACCUGCCGUGGCCCGGGGAGCUUGAGGAGGAGGAGGAGGCGGAGGAGGCGGAGAACUUGGAUGAGGACGAGGUGGUGAUGGUGGAGGAGAUGGAAGAAGAGGAGGGGCGGGACCUGGACGCGGACUUGAACUACGAGAGUCAGCGUCGGGAAAGUACGGACGACGAGGACGACGAGGAGGCCAAGGCCUGGCUGCAGGCGCAUCCCAGCGGGGCUUUGCCUCUGCCGCCACUGCCGAGGUACCGCUACUCGGAGGGCGAGCUGACCAGUCCGAAGGUUAUUCCAUUGACCUGUCAUGUAUGGCAACAGCCAUCAUAUCAAGACAAUAAUGAAACACAGGUUUCUGAUAUGAUUGUGGUCUCUUUGGAAGAAAAAGCUCAGUGGGCUUCUGGGGAUGAUCAGAGAACAGAAUCUUGGCAUUGUCUUCCUCAAGAAAUGGACUCUUCCCACACCUUGGAUACUACCCAGACCAGGUUUAAUGUGAGAGAGAAAGGGACUGAAGUGACAAACUUCCCUUCUCUGGAGGAGGGUAUAUUGACCAAAUCAGAAAAUCAAGUGAAGGAGCCCAGCAGAGAUCUCUUAUGUUCUCCAUUGCUAGUCAUACAAGACAGUUUUGCUUCUCCUGAUUUGCCUUUGCUGACAUGUUUGACAAAAGAUCAAGAGUUUGGGCCUGAUUCUUUAUUUCACCAAAGUGAACUAGAUUUUGCACGUCUGAGGGGAAUUCCUGGUAAGUCUGAAGACACUGAAUGGUUUUCUCGACCGUCGGAAGUUAGUGAAGCUUUAUUCCAGGCAGCCUCAGAAGUAGCUUCAGACUUAGUUAGCUUUAGUGUAUCCCAGCACCCACUUACAGGUAGUGAAGCUGUCGAGUCUCAGCGAUCUUUAUUAACUCCAGAACAAAGAACUAAAGAAGAGACUGUUGCAUCUGAUACACUCGAUGAACUGAAAACCCAUAAAAACUCUGAUAGUUAUGAUGCUCUUUGUUCAUAUAUGUCAUGGAAGACACAAGAAGUUAUACAGGAGCCAGGAACAAAUUUAGCUGAUGUUUCAGCUGCAUCUGAUACAAGUGAUGAAUACAUAACUCCUAAAGGAAGUGACAGUUUUGAUGCUUCUUGUUCAUAUGCGCAGUUUUGGAAACAGGAAGCUUUACAACAGUCAGAAAAAUAUUUAACCAGGAAGGACCAUGAUUCUUACUCAGAUUCAUCUGACCUAAUUGAUAAAAAUAAAAUUCCCAAGGCAAGUGACAGUUUUAGUGCCCCUUUUUCAUAUAUGCCAUGGAGCAAGCAGGAAGCUUCACACCACCCAGAAAUAGGUCUAAUCAGUAAGGACCAUGUUUCUUUUUUACAUGAAGUUACUCCGCCUUUUAACAAUAAAAUGUCACAUUCUUUCUUGCAUUGCUUUUUGGAAAGAGGAGGAAGAGGGGUUCCCUUAACACCUGAUAGUCAUUCUAAGAGUGUUUAUUUAAGAGCUCCCACUGAGAGUGAGGUGAAACAACAGAUGGAUUCUUUGGAGGGUUAUGAAAGAGAUGAAGACGAUCUGGGGAAAGGAGUAUCUCAAUGUUUUGAACUAAAGGAGAACAGAAAUACUUUAAUGUUUUCAGGCAUGCAUCCCAGCUCUUCAGAAAUACAAUAUAUUGAAAAUGUUUUUCCUGAUAAUUCUGCAAAAGUGUCAGAAGGACAUACACUCUGCAGGGGGCAUGACAGCUCUAUGAUUGAGGCUUCUGUUGGUCCUCUUCAGACUAGUAAAUCCAACUCAGAUGAGACAGCAGAACAACUGUAUUUUCAAGAAGAAAAAGACCAGAAGGCGACUUCAGCUUUUGGUGGGAAAAAUGUUGAUGUUACUGAAAAUAUAGCUUUUCAGGCAGUUAUUGCCUCUAUUGAGCCUUCCAAGAAAGAGAGUACAGUAAAUGAAAUCCAAACUGACAUCAGUAAAUCUUCAACAAAUGACAGCCAAAAAAGUGAACAAAAAAAUCCAGAUCUUUUCCUAUUAAAUUAUGAUGAAAAUUCUUUCUUUGAUAAACUUAAUCAUUCAUGCUAUCAGUCUACUCCUGGGGUGUUUGAAUCAGUAGCUUCAAAACCAUCGUUGUAUAAAAAAGAUAAUGGUGAUAGCUCCUUGUACUGGCAUCCUGAUUUAAAAUCACUCCCCUCUGCUCCUCAGGAAAUAUUCAUUAAGCCAGUUUCUCUUAUUCCAGAGCUUAAGUCUUCUUCUUUAAGUGAAAAAUCUGUCAGACAGGCUGUUGAUCUUGGCAAAACACAGUCAGCUUUAUUUCAGGAUGAUACAGACAGUGAACUAUUUCUUCCCAUUGGGAAGAUAAAGUCUGUUUCUGCUCUUGACCUUGCAGAGAAGUUAGGAUCUUCAAACAUUAUUUAUCCAAUGAAAGUAUGGACUUCAGAUUCUUUGGUUUUACAAGAAUUAAAGCCGCAAACAUUUGAAGAAGUUGCAGAUUCCUCAAACUAUAUUUUGGGUAAGAAUGUAAACUCUAGUAACAUCAUUGAAGGUCCAUCUGCAGCUGUAGGAGGCAGCUUUUCAGCAAACUUGGUGGCAUGUGAUGCAAAGUCACAAGGUAGUUUACCAGUAAUCAGUGAUGCGAAAGCUGCAGUCGGCCAAGAGACCUUGCUGAAAGCUAAUAUAGGCCCAGGUGAAAUUCCUUGGCCUAUGGGAGCCAAAUCCAGUUUUACUAUACAUACAGUUAUGCAAAAUGACUCCUAUUUUGUAGAGGGCCUGCAGGGGAAGGCUGAAUCUGACAUCUGUACUUUGGAUGAUGCUGCUGAAUGCUGUAGCCUAGAUGAAAAUGCUGUUGUAUGCAGUAAAAGAGUUGCUGAACUACAAAGAGAGAUAUGUGGCCAAGGUGACUUGACCAGUGAGUGCACUGAGCUAGCAGGUUUAAAAAAUUUACUUGAUGAUCUUGAGAUCUGUGACAGCUCCCCGCACUGGCAGUCUUCUGUAGAGCUACCAUCUAAGGAAGAGAGCAGUUGUGAAGUUCCUGUAGGUCCUUCUGAUACAGACAUCAAUCAAUCUUUUUCAUCUGCAUUGCCUCCAUUUGUUCCUCAUGAGUCAACUAGAGAGUUGGAGUAUCAUUCUGCAGAUCUUAGAAUGUUGAGAGUAUCUCCUGACACUGUGCCAGGGACUCUCAAACACUUAACAGGAGAUACUUCCAAAGGAGGUGUACUUGAAAUUCCUCAAUCCACCUUUAAAUCAGGCAUCACUACUACUCCUGAAGAUUCAGAUACUGGAUCUCAUUUAUCCUUGUCCUCUGAGGACUUUCCUGAGUUGGCUCUAAGGUCUCCUCAAGUGAAGAAUAUUGGUCAAUAUACUGAUACUCUCAACCAACAGACAUUGACAGACAAGCAUCUAACUGAAGAAACUCUAAAAAUUUCAACCAUUCCUGGACUUGUUGACCAGAAGACUGGAAUACCUCCAAGUUCCUACUUACUUGGAGAAAAGCACAGUAUUUUCUAUCCACAGGCCUUGCCAGGUGGUCAUCUACCUGAAGAGGCUCUGAAAGCUUCAAUUCUUCCUGUACCAACUGAUCAGAAGACUGGAAUACCUACAGUUCCUGCUGGUUCCUACUCACCUGAGGAAAAGACUGGAAUUUUCUACCAACAGGGCUUGCCAAGCAGUCAUCUUCCUGAAGAGGCUCUGAAAGUUUCAGUUCUUCCUGGACCAGCUGAUCAAAAGACUGGGUUACCUACUGUGUCCUCUACUUCUUACUUACAUGGAGAGAAACCCCAUAUUUUCUAUCAGCAGACACUGCCAGAAAGUCAUUUAACUGAACAGGCUGUGAAAGUUUCAGCUGCUCCUGGACCCUCUGAGCAGAAGACUGGGAUUCCUACCAUACCCUCUACUUCUUAUGCACAUCGACAGAAGCCCAGUGUUUUGUAUCAGCAAGAGUUGCCAGACAGUCAUCUAACAGAACAGGCUCAGAAAAUUUCAGCUCUUCCUGGAUUGGCUGAGCAAAAGUCUGGGAUAUCAGCAGUACCUUCUGCUUCCUAUCCUCAUAGAGAGAAGCCCAGUAUUUUGUACCAACAGGAGUUGCUAAACAGUCAUCUAAUUCAACAGGUUCAGCAGGUUUCAGCUGUUCCUCUACCUCCUGAGCAGAAGACUGGGUUUCCUGCCAUACCCUCUACUUCUUAUUCACAUGGAGAGGAGCCUAGUGUUUUGUACCAACAAGAGUUGCCAGAUAGUCAUCUAAUUCAGCAGAUUCAGCAAGUUUCAGCUGCUCCUGGAUUGGCUGAGCAGAAGACUGGGAUUCCUAGAGUACCAUCUAGUUCCUAUUCUCCUAGAGAGAAGUCCAGUAUUUUGUACCAACAAGAGUUGCCAGAUAGUCAUUUAAUUCAACAAGUUCAUCAAGUUUCAGCUGCUCCUGGAUCCCCUGAGCAGAAGACUGGGAUUCCUACCAUACCCUCUACUUCUUAUUCACAUCGAGAGAAGCCUCAUAAUUUCUACCAGCAAGAGUUGCCAGACAGUCAUCCCACAGAACAGGCUCAGAAAGUUUCAGCUGCUCCUGGAUUGGCUGAGCAGAAGACUGAGAUAUCGACAGUACCAUCUAGUUCCUACUCAUACAGAGAGAAGCCCAGUAUUUUGUACCAACAAGAGUUGCCAGGUAGUCAUCUAACAGAACAGGCUCAGAAAGUUUCAGCUGCUCCUGGAUUGGCCGAGCAGAAAACUGGGAUAUCGAUAGUACCUUCUGCUUCCUAUCCCUAUAGAGAGAAGCCCAGUAUUUUGUACCAGCAAGAGUUGCCAGACAGUCAUCUAACUGAACAGACUCAGCAAGUUUCAGCUGCUCCUGGAUUGACCGAGCAGAAGACUGAGAUUCUUACCUUACCCUCUACUUCUUACUCACAUCAGAAGACAGCUCGUACUUCUUACUCACAUAUAGAGAAGCCCAGUAUUUUCUACCAACAGGAUUUGCCAAAUAGUCAUCUAACUAAAGCUCACAAGGUUCCAGCUGAUCCUGAACUAGCUCACCAAAAGAGUGGGAUACCAAUAGCACCCCCUGCUUUCUACUCACAGAGGGGAAAGACCAGUCUCUUUCAUCAGCAGGAGUUGCCAGAUAGUCAUCUAAGUGAUCAGACUCAGAAAAUUUCAGCUAUUUCUGGAUCAGUUGACCAGAACACUGGAAUACAGACAGUACCUUCUAGUUCCUACUCACAUAGGGAGAAACCCAUUAUUUUUUACCAGCAGGAGUUACCGGAUAGUCAUCUAACUGAAGAGGCUCUAAAAGUUUCAGCUGUUCCUAGAACAGUCGACCUGAACACUGGGAUACCAACAAGGUCUUCCAGGUCCUACUCAUUUGGAGAGAAGCCAGGUAGUAUUUUCUACCAACAGGUAUUACCAGAUGGUCAUCUAACUGAAGAGGCUCUGAAAGUUUCAUCUGCGUCUAGACCAAGUGACCAGAAGACUGGUAUACUCUCAGUACCUGCUAGUUUCUACUCAUAUAGAGAGAGGCCCAGUAUAUUCUCCCCACAAGCCUUGCCGGGCAGUCAUCCAUCUGAAGAGGCUCUGAAAGAUUCAGCUUCUCCUGGACUAGCUGACCAGAAGACUAGGACAUUAGAAUCUUCUAGUUCCGACUUACAUAGAGAGAAAUCCAGUAUUUUCUACCAACAGGAGCUGCCAGACAGUCAUCUAGCUGGAGAGACUCUGAAAGUUUCAGGUGUUUCUGGACCAGGUGACCAAAAGACUGGGAUACCUAUAGUAUCCUCUGCUUCCUACUUGCAUAAAGAAAAGCCCAUUAUUUUAUACCCGCAAGCCUUGCCAGAUAGGCAUCUUAUUGAAGAGGCUCUAAAUGUUUCAACAGAUCCUGGCCCAGCUGACCAGAAGACUGGGAUACCUGUAGUAACCUCUCCUUCCUACUCACAUAAAGAGAAGCCCAUUAUUUUCUACCAGCAGGCCUUGUCAGACAGUCAGCUCACUGUAGAGGCCCUGAAAGUUUCAGGUGCUCCUAGAUCAGCUGCCCAGAAGACUGGGAUACCUAUAGUUCCAUCUAGUUCCUAUUCAUAUAGAGAGAGGCCCAUCAUUUCUUACCAGCAGGAGUUGCCAGAUCUUACUCAAGUGGCUUUAAAAAUUUUAGAGGUUCCUGGACCAGCUGACCAGAAUAUUGGGAUAACAGCAGUACCUUCUCCUCCUUAUUCACACGGAGAAAAGCCUAUCAUUUCCUACCAGAAAGAGUUGCCAGAGCCUAAUGAAGAUUCUUUAACACAUAUGGGGGUUCCUGGGCAAGCAGACCAGACCACUGGUAUACAAACUGUGCCCCCUGCUUCCUAUUCACGUAGAGAGAGCCCCUUAUUUUCUUACCAGAAGGAGUUGCCAGAUGUUACUGAAGAAACUUUGAAAGUUUCAGCUGUUCCUGGACUAGUUGACCAGAAGAUUGGGUUACAAACAAUCCCCCCAGGUCCCCACUCAUAUGGAGAGAAGGCGAAUGUUUUUUACCAGCAGGAGUUGCCAGAUCUUACUGAAGAAGCUUUGAAAAUUUUUGCUCUUCCUGGGCCAGCUGACCAGAAUAAUGAGAUACCAACAGGACCUUCUGGUUCUUACUCACAUAAAGAAAAACUCAAGAUUUUACCAGAUGACCAAAAGACUGAGUUACCAUUAGCUCCCCCUAGUUCCUACUCACAUAGAGAGAAGCCCAAGACUUCUACUGUGAUCGGACCAGACGACCAGAAGACUCCAUUACUGACAGGAGUUCCUAAUUCUUAUUCUCAGAGAGUAAAAUCCAGUAUUUUCUAUGAACAGCAGUUACCAGAUAGACAUCAAAGUGGAGAUAUUCUGAAGAUUUCACCUAUUGCUGAACCAACUGAUGUGAAUUCUCAGCUACCAAUACCGCUUUCUAGUUCGUAUUCACACAGAGAGAAAUCUAAUAUUUUCUAUCCAGAGGAAUUGCCAGACAAACAUCUAACUGGAGAUGCACUGAAGGUUUCAACAAUUCCUGGACCAGCUGACCAAAAAACUGUGUUACCAGCCAUUCCUUCUAGUUCCUUUUCAUACAGAGAGAAACCAGUUGUAUUCUACCAACAGGAUUUGCCAGAAAGACGUCUAACCGAAGAGAACCUGAAGUUCUCAAGUAGUCUUGGGCAAGCUGAUCAGAUUACUGGGUUAUCAACAGUUCCCUCUGGUACUUAUUUACAUAGUGAGAAGCACAAACUUGUUUCAGACCAUGUCCAAAGGCUAAUAGAUAAGUUGGAUUCUCCGAACUCCAGUGUUAUCUCAAACAAUAUGCCUUUAAAUUCUCGGGCUGAUGGUGGAGUUGUAGUAAGUCAGACAGAAUCUUUAGGUUUUGAAGAUGUUGGCUCUGAGGAAGUCCGGGGUACAGAAAACAGUUCCAGAACUCUUAAAGAGAUUCAGACACUUCUAAUGGAAGCAGAAAAUAUAGCACUGAGACGAUGCAAUUUUCCUGUCCCUGUUCCCCUUGUCCCUUUCAGAGAUGUUAGUGAUAUUUCAUUUAUAAAAUCUAAGAAGAUGGUUUGCUUCAAGGAACCCCCUACAACUGAUGAAUCUAAUGGUGAUUUGUCUCAGAGACAACCAUUCGCAGAAGAAAGCCCAAGCAACAAGUGCAUACAGAAGGAUAUUAGCACACAGACGAAUCUGCAGUGCCAGAGGGGCACUGAAAAUUGGGAGUUUAUUACUUCAACUACAGUUAGAAAUCCUUUACAGGAAGCAGAAAGCAAAGCCAGAGUGGCAUUAGAUGAAACCCUUAGGCAAUGUAAAGCAGCCAACUCUGUCAUGAGAUCUGAACCCGAAGCGUAUAGUGGAAGCUUUGGGAAUAAGAUUGUUAUCCCGAUGAUGACUAUCAUUAAAAGUGACUCAAGUAGUGAUGCAAGUUCCUGCUCGUGGGACAGUAAUUCCUUGGAGUCAGUUUCUGAUGUUCUUCUAAAUUUCUUUCCAUGUUCCACACCCAAGACCAGCAUGACAGAUAGCAGAGACGAAGAGGGUCUGUUGGAAAGUGAUGAUGGUGGUGGCAGCAGUGUAGAUUCACUGGCUGCGCACGUGAAAAAUCUUCUGCAGUGUGAAUCCUCUUUGAACCAUGCUAAACAAAUACUCAGAAAUGCAGAGGAAGAGGAAUCACGGGUACGAGCACGAGCCUGGAAUCUGAAGUUUAAUAUGGCUCAUGAGUGUGGCUACUCCAUUUCAGAAUUAAAUGAAGAUGACAGGAGAAAAGUAGAAGAGAUCAAAGCAAAGUUGUUUGGUCAUGGGAGAACAACCGACUUGUCCAAGGGUUUACAGAGUCCACGGGGAAUAGGAUGCCAUCCGGAAGCUGUAUGUAGUCACAUUAUUAUUGAGAGCCAUGAGAAAGGAUGUUUCAGGACUCUAACUGCUGAACGACCACAGCUGGACAGCCGCCCUUAUGUUUUCAGAUCUGCUGACUCCUCAGAAAUGAUCAGAGGACAACGGAGUCCAUCAUCAUGGAGGAACAGGCACAUCAACUUUUCCAAGUCUUUAGACCAGAGCGCCUCCCAUUUCAGAGUUUGGAAUUCCUUGCAGUUACAAAGUCCUUCCCCAUUUCAGAACUUUAUAGCUGAUGACUUGAAAAUUAGCAAGGGUCUUCGAAUGCCAUUCCGUGAAAAGUUGGACCCUUGGCUGUCAGAAUUAGAACCUGCUUGUGUGCCACCUGAAGAAAUGGAUUGUCAUUCUUCAUCACAAAUGCUGCCCCCAGAACCCAUGAAAAAGUUUACUACCUCCAUCACUUUCUCAUCUCACCGACAUUCUAAAUGCUUUUCAGAUUCCUCUUUUCUUAAGGUUGGUGUUACUGAAGGUAGCCAGUGUACUGGAGCAUCUUUGGGGGUAUUUAAUUCUCAUUUCACUAAAGAGCAGAAUCUUCCUAGAGAUCUAAAACAGGAAAACUCUUUCCCUUCGUCAUUUAAAACCAUUAGUCAGUCACCAGAUAAAGCUAUGACUCUUUUAGCAGAGAAUAGUAGGCAAGGUCAAAAAUUAUCUGUUGAACAUUCUCACCAAGAAGAAAAGCUCAUAGAAAGAUCCGAUUUUAAAGGCAGUCAUUCUAAGCCCGGUACCAGUGCAAAUGAUAGCAAUUUCAAGGAAGUUCAUUUUGCUGAUAACCAUACCCUCAUUAGCAUGGGUAGACCAAGUUCUACACUAGGAAUAAAAGAGAAGAAUGUAACUAUAACUCCAGAUCUUCCUUCGCACAUUUUUCUUGAACAAGAGCUCUCUGAACAAAGCAAAGCCCCACAUGCAGAUCACCAUGUGAGAAAACACCAUUCUCCCCCUCCUCAGCACCAGGAUUAUGUAGCUCCAAAUCUUCCUUGUCGUAUUUUUCUCGAAGAACGAGAACUCUUUAAACAAAGCAAAGCCCCACAUGUAGAUCAUCAGAUGAGAGAAAACCAUUCUCCCCUUCCUCCGAGUCAGGAUUUUAUAGCUCCAGACCUUCCUUCUUCCAUUUUUCUUGAGCAACGUCAGCUCCUUGAACAAAGCAAAACCCCAGACGUAGAUCACCACAUGAGAAAACACCAUUCUCCUCUUCCUCAAGGUCAGGAUUAUGUAGUAGAAAGGAAUAAUCAGCAUAAGCCUGAAUUACACAUUUCUGAUAUGAUAAAUGUUGAAGCCAAAUUCAGUGAUGUGGUCUCCCCAUCAGCCCCAGUAGUAACAUCUGCAUCUACUCCACCUUCAAAUAGAAAAGCACUUUCUUGUAUUCGAAUAACUCUUUGUCCCAAGACUCCUUCCAAGGUGGAUAGUGGAACCUUAGAUAAAAGAAUUCACUCUUUGGAUCCUGCCUCUAAAACAAGGAUGAAUAGUGAGUUUAACUCUGACCUACAAACUGUAUCUCCAAGAUCAUUGGAACCAACCUCCAAAUUACUGACCAGUAAACCUAUAGCACAGGAUCAAGCAUCUUUAGGUUUCCUAGGACCUAAGUCUUCACCGGACCUCCAAGUUGUACAGUCUCCUCUUCCAGAUAGUAAUAUUACUCAGGACUUGAAAAUCAUACCUUUUCAGAAUAGCCAGAUAGUAACCUCAAGGCAAACCCAAGUGAACAUUUCAGAUUUGGAAGAAUAUUUCAAUCCAGAAGGGACUCCGGUAUCUGCAGAUCGAUCACCAGAGGAGAUUAAGACAUUGUUCUCUCCCUUCUCCGGAAAAUUGUCAUCUGAUGCAGUCACUCAGAUAACAACAGAAAGUCCAGGAAAGGCCGUGUUUUCAUCUGAGAUUUUUGUUAGUGCUAAAGAUCGUGAACAUGAAAUUCCAGAACUCACUACCCAGAAGGUGGGCAAAGGUCUUGUCAAGUUUGCUUCAUCAUCUUCAGUCCAACAGAUUACUGUUCCUCAAAGCACAGAUGUCCAGCCUUUACUGUUGCCAUAUAAACCUUCUGGUAGUACGAAGAUGUAUUAUGUUCCACAAUUAAGUCAAAUUCCUUCAUCUCUGGAUUCCAAAUCAGAUACCACCAUUGAGAGCUCACACUCAGGAUCCAAUGAUGCCAUUGCUCCCGACUUCCCAGCUCAGGUGCUAGGCACAAGGGAUGAUGACCUGACAGACGCUGUGAACAUUAAACACAAAGAGGGGAUCUACAGCAAGAGGGCAGUAACUAAGGCAUCCUUGUUUGUUGGGAAGAAACCCUUUCAGAAAGAUAAUGCAGAUGCUCAAGUUCAAGUUUUCAUCACUGGGAAUGAGGACCCCUCAGGAGAAAACCAGAAAAAGGAGAGCUCCAGUAAAAGGGCAGUGCCCGAGGCUGCCCAGUCUGAAGAAAAGGAACCCUUGCUGAAAGAUACUGCAGAUUCCAGUACUGCUGCUGCUUCAGGGUACUCAACUCAACCGCAAGACUCAAAGAUUGAUAACAUACCAGCUACUAAAGCCAUUAAACAGAAAGAAGAGAUGCACAGUAAGAAGACAGUUCCUAAGGAAGCCUGGCCAGAAGAGAAGAAAUCCUUGCAAAUAGAUAUUGCAGAGUCCAGAUGUCAUUCAGAAUUUGAAAAUACUACCCAUUCUGUCUUCAGGUCAGCAAAGUUUUACUUUCAUCAUCCAGUGCACCUACCAAAUGAUCAAGAUUUUUGCCAUGAAUCCUUAGGAAGGAGUGUUUUCAUGAGGCAUUCUUGGAAAGAUUUCUUUCAGCACCAUCCAGACAAAGAAAGAGAACAGACUUUUCUUCCUCCCCCUUAUCAAAAUAUGGAAAAGACAAAGACAGAUUAUACCAGAAUAGAGAGCCUCAGUAUCAAUGUCAACCUGGAAAACAAAGAAGUGAAGCAGACUCCUAAAAGUCAGGCUAGAGCUUAUCCAAAAUGUGACAAACAAGUUAAUGAUCCUAAAAGCGAUCAUAAGCCCACCCCAGAGCUAACAACUCAGCCCACCGUGAGUCUGAAUGAACUCUGGAACAAGUAUCAAGAGCGACAGAAGCAACAGAAACCUCCUGAGUUCGGUGCCAAGGAAGAACUUUCCUUGGUGGAACGACUUGAUCGUUUGGCUAAACUUCUUCAGCAUCCCAUCACACAUUCCCUCCAGCCCUCAGAAAGUACACAGGAUGAUAGCAGGGGGGAGCAAGAGGUUCAGGAAUGGAGUCGUAGACAACAGCAGCAGAAGAACAAGCUUCAGAAAAAGAAACGAUAUAAAAGCCUGGAAAAAUGCCAUAAAAACACAAGCGAUCUUAAAAAAAAUAAGAUUCUUUCUACUCAUCAGCCUGGGAGGUCCAAUCAGAUUAAAAUUGAACAGAUUAAAUUUGAUAAAUAUAUUCUGAGAAAACAGCCAGGUGUUCAUUAUAUAAAUAACACUUCUUCAGAUUCUAGACACUCAGAGGAAAGUGAGCUGCUCACAGAUACUCCCAUUCUUUCCACCACCACUUCUCCUGUGGAAUCUGAUAUAUUGGCCCAAACAGAUAAGGAAGUGACUUUGCAUGACGGAAGUAGCUCUAUUUCCACCAUUGACACUGCUCGAUUGAUCCAUGCUUUUGGCCAUGAAAGAGUUUGUCUGUCACCCAGACGAAUUAAAUUAUACAGCAGCAUCACUGACCAUCAAAGGCGGUACCUUGAGAAGCAGAGCAAGAAAAACAAGAAAGCAUUGAAUACAGGUUAUCCCCAAAUUACUUCAGAACACACCAGAAGGAAACACAUCCAGGUGACAGACUGUAUUUCUUCUGACUCUGUUUCAUCCUCUACCAGUAGUUUCUGGAGCUCGAGCUCUACCCUUUGCAGCAUGCAAAAUGUGCAUAUGUUGAACAAGGGCAUACAAGCAGGUACCUUGGAAAUUGUGAAUGGUGUCAGAAAACACACUCGAGACGUUGGGAUGACGUUCCCAACUCCAAGUUCCAGCGAGGCCAGAGUAGAAGAGGACAGUGAUGUGACUUCUUUGUCAGAAGAAAAAAUAGAAGAGAAAAGAAUCCUUACCAGUUAUUUUGGGGACACAAAGUUAAGGAAGAACAAGCAGAGCUGCUGUGAAGGAGUUUCAUGGUUUGUUCCUGUGGAAAAUGUGAAAUCUGGUCCUAAGAAGGAAAACCUGCCCAAGUUUCAUGGCCCUGGUAUCUCCUGGUUUGCACCAAUAACCAACACCAAACCCUGGAGAGAGCCUCUGCGGGAACAGAACUGGCAGGAACAACACAUAUUCAGCCACGGCUCACUUGCAGGCCCCGGCAGACAUCCACUGAAGCCUUUUGUGAGAGCAACCCUGCAGGAGUCACUUCAGCUUCAUAGACCUGACUUCAUCUCCCGCUCUGGGGAACGGAUAAAGCGCCUGAAGUUAAUAGUCCAGGAGAGGAAGCUGCAGAACGUGUUACAGAGUGAGCGGGAGGCACUGUUCAACACUGUGCAAGAAUGGCAAGGCUGCCGGAACCCCAUGCACCAGCUCCCCAAGAGAGGUUUCCUGGCUGCUCAAAAGAAAAGGCCUGUUGGAAAGAAGGAAAUGAUCCAGAGGUCUAAACGGAUUUAUGAGCAACUUCCAGAAGUACAGAAAAAGAGAGAAGAGGAAAAGAGGAGAUCAGAAUACAAGUCAUACCGGCUGCGAGCCCAGCUAUAUAAGAAGAAAGUGACCAAUCAACUCUUGGGGAGGAAAGUCCCUUGGGACUGACAUGAGAAUAUUUUCCUCAGAGCCUUGGAAUUAUAUUUUAUCAUCCUGGAGGAGCACAAUCCUUACUUUAUGAGUCUGGUUUAAUAAAGCUUGUCCAUGUGUAAUUGAAAAUUA